AUGAUUGCGAUCAUCUCCCUCCAUGAUGAUGUCAUUAAGGCACCAACUCCCGCUGAAAAAGAAGACACUAAAUGUUGGGUCAAGAAACAGGUCUGUCCUGCUUGGCAAAAUGGGUAUUUGUCCAUAGAUGGGACGACCUUCAAUUUAUUUCAAAAACCUAGCCAUUAUGGAGAGACUUUCUAUGAUAGGAAGUCUAAUUAUUCCAUUAAUGCACAGGUUGUGACUCUCCCACAUAAUCUGAAAAUUGUUGAUUAUUGUGUUGGUCACACGGGUAGUACCCACAAUGCUUCAGCAUUUCUCGACACUGGCCUGAGAACGCAACCAGAAUUGUUUUUGGGACCAGGGGAGUGGAUUUGGGCUGACUCAGCUUAUCCACUUUCAGCCACAUCACUAUUCAAGCAGCCACCAGGUCGUAGCCUCACUACAAGGCAAUCUCAAUUUAACUACCAUUUAUCAUGCAUCCGUAUACGCUGUGAAUAUGCAAUUGGACUUCUCAAGAUACAAUUCCAGUCCCUCAAAGAACUAUGUAUACAAAUCAACACAGAAAACAAACUAGAGUUUGCUGUUGCCUGGAUUCGUUGCUGUAUCAUUCUACACAACCUUAUCAUUGAAGGCAACCAGGCAGAGAAUACUAUUACUAUUCCUAGUGAUUGGCAGCAAGGAGCACAGGACAAUGGAGGAAUGGAUAUAGACAUGGAUACUGAUGAGCUAGAGUCAGAAAUUCCUGAGAAUCCGAAUCAGGAUCUUAGGCAAAGUCUUUUUAAUUCACUCUUUAACAGUCACUUGUAUUGA